CCCCCAAACGUUGAGCUUAUAAUCAAUCCACUAUUCACCAACAAUACACAAUACUCAAUCCUCUCCUUAUUUAAUCACCCAAAAUUCCCACCAAAAUUAAAAAAAAAAAUAACAAAUACCCAUUUCUUAACUCUCUUCAUAUUAUAUAACCCAUCUCUCAAAAACCUUCAUCCCCCCAAAAAAUAUACACAAAUGGCUCCUUUAAGCCCAUCUCAAAGAAGAACAACCUCCUUUUCCUCCCCAUCAUCUACAAAUGGUAUCAGAGCAACUCUAGUGAUAGCAGAUACGGCCUCAUGGUAUUGUUCAAUUAUCAUAGUGGCCUUAAUCUUGUUCAUUACCUUAAGGGAAGACAACUUUAAUCCUUAUUAUGAUGAUCAUGAUCAUAAUCAUACAUACUCAAAAAGUAAUUUGAAUAUGAUGAAAGGAGCCAAUUUGUUUGAUCAUCGACCGUGUGAUGAAAUCUACGUCGUUGGUGAAGGAGAGACACUUCAUACAAUAAGUGAUAAAUGUGGUGAUCCUUAUAUUGUUGAGCGUAACCCACAUAUUCAUGAUCCUGAUGAUGUUUUUCCAGGCCUUGUGAUUAAGAUUAUGCCUUCUUCUAUCAAUAAUAAUAGGAAGCUUUUAAGGUAGUUCGUCAUCAUCAAUAAUCAUUAUACCCGGUCUUUUCCGCUCAUUCAGAGUCUAGAAAGAUGUAAAAGACGGCAAGUUAUACUCGUAUUGAAAGAGGUAAGAAAAUUGCGGCAAAUAAGACUCUCAACUCAAGAGAAGCUUUUAAGGUGGAUGAUUUUUUUUUUUUUUUUUCUUUUUAACAUAGAUUUACUAAUUUCAUAUUUAUAAAUAGAAAGCAGAGUACUUUAAUCUCUGUUUCAUAGAUGUAUACUUUACCCUUUUAUAGAUUUUUUUUUCUUUGUAAAUGUAUAGGUUGAUAGAAUUGUGAAAAUUAAGUUAUGUUUGAAUAAAUAUAUUAAAUUACUAUAAUAUAAAAUU